AUGGGUAUUUCAAGAGAUUCUCGUCACAAAAGAGCCGCUACUGGUGCUAAAAGAGCUCAAUUCAGAAAGAAGAGAAAGUUUGAAUUAGGUCGUCAAGGUUCAAACACCAAAAUUGGUACCAAACGUAUCCAUUCAGUUAGAACUAGAGGUGGUAACCAAAAAUUCAGAGCUUUAAGAGUUGAAACCGGUAACUUCUCAUGGGCUUCAGAAGGUGUUUCAAGAAAAACCAGAAUUGUUGGUGUUGCUUACCAUCCAUCAAACAAUGAAUUGGUUAGAACUAACACUUUAACCAAAGCUGCUAUUGUUCAAAUUGAUGCUGCUCCAUUCAAACAAUGGUUUGAAAACCAUUACGGUACCACUUUAGGUAAAAAGAAAGGUCAAGCUAAAGCUGAUGAAGAAGAAGUUAAAAAAUCAAGAAAAUUAGAAAGAAAAUUAGCUUCAAGAUCAUCAUCAUCAAAAAUUGAACAAGCUGUUGACUCACAAUUCGGUGCUGGUAGAUUAUACGCUGCUAUCUCAUCAAGACCAGGUCAAUCUGGUAGAGCUGAUGGUUACAUCUUAGAAGGUGAAGAAUUAGCUUUCUACUUAAGAAGAUUGACUGCUAAGAAAUAG